GUUGUGAACAACAUAUCGAUUUUCACUUGUCUCUAGACUUUAAUGUCCGAUCCAUCCAAAUUCCACCAAACGUUUGAAAAGCCUAGUGACUUUCAAUUGGCAGUACUUAUUGAGCCUUCCAAUUUUUUAGUGGACUACGCCUGAAUUCUUCAUGGACGAAACUUGAUAAAUAUCUUUCCCUCCAGUAACCACGCGUGGAGUGCUCAAAGGCGGUGACCCAGAGAUCAUUGAGCAGAAUUUGAUUCGGGAUUUUCCAAGUACUUCAAAGGAAUCAAAGUAGUACAAUAACAAGAAAGUAUACUUGUGACAACAAGUUCCAAGGAUCAUCAUGUAUGGCAAGUUCCAUACUUAUGAAAAACCGUCAGGAUCGAACGAAGAGCCAAGUGAUUCACUCGUAUUUGAAAGCCGAGAGCGAGCGCUUCAACCACGUUUUCUUCGAGCUUGACGCCACAAUUGGAACCAUGAAGGAUAAACUUGUUCCAAUGGUACUCAUUCCAAUAUUUGUGCUCAUCAAUGUUCCAAACCCAACAGUGGAUGCCAUUCAUUGCUAUGACGGUCGAGGAAACGCCUACCGAGAAGUAACAUGCAAUACAACCGUGAAAUGGUGUUCCAAGGUCACAAAGGAGACGGAAGGAGAAAAACCAACCACUGUCCGAGGAUGUUAUUACUCCAUUCCAGAAAACGCAGAGGAUUCAUGUGAAGAAAAAGAUGAGAGCCAAAAUUCGAAGGUGGUUUCUUGUUGGUGUCAAGGCAAUAUUUGUAAUAACGCCGAUUGUUCAAAACCACUGUUAAUUGGGAUUUCGUUUCUCGUUGUGAGAUUGUUGGUGAGAAAUCGUUAUGAAUGGGGAUGUUGCUAAAAUGGCCAUAGUUGUGAUCGGAAUCGCUUUUUACAUCAUGAAAUAAACUUGAAAAAUAAUCAUAGUAUAUUUUUCUUUGUACACUAAACUGCGGCUAGAAUACUUUGUAAUGUUUGUACACUAAACUACCGUUAGAAUAUUUUCUAAGGUUUGUACACUAAACUGAGGCUAGACUACUUUUGUAAAUGUUUGUAAACUAUAGAGGCCUAAUUUAUUAAAAUACAUUUGCCCUCUCCCACAUUUCUUAAUGAAGAA